UAUAGCUAGAAAUUUGACGAGCGACAUGCUUCGGUGCUGAUGCCACCACCACCACUACCAUCACGUCUCAGCUAGCGGUGAGGUUGCCUAGCGACGAGCAAAUCAACAAACGAGCUAUCCGAGAUCAUUGACAGCCGAGAGCUUAUUCAGUGUUCCGCCGUGCCGAUCUCUCUUUUCGCAGAAUAAUCAAGCUUGGUUCGCAUUAACACGUAUUAACACGCGACUCUCGAACCAAAAAUGUCGUGUAAGGUGGAGAAAAUGAAAAUAGCGGCCACCUACAGGGUGAACGAGCCGAUGGAUAAUCUAAAAAUAAGAGUGCGAGUCGUGCAGCAGAGGUCUCCGCUCGCCGAGCUGCUGGAGGAGUCCGAGGGUGAGACCAGAGACUCCAAUUACUUGGUGGAGGAGGAUCGUAUUUUUGGCUGGCAGGAGAAGGUGUUCAGCCCGUUCGAGAUCGACUUCUACGCGGACGAGAAAAAUUGCCUGACCGACUGUCAGCGAGAUUAUCAUCGACGUAUACGUGACGACGAGGAGCUGCGAACCGGCCGAUUGUACUCCUACACGGAGAACGACUCCUACUACUUCGAUAACGACCUGCUCACAGAGCCCUACAGGUCGUAUCUGUCGACGAAGAAUCAGACGGCACUGCCGAGUCUGCGGAAUCGCAAGCCCUUCCGGGAGCGGUACAACAAGAGCGUGGUGGACGACAGGGCCACGGACGAGAGGAUCCGAUCGAAUCAUUAUCUCUACACGGAGUGCACUGCCAUGUACGUGGUGGCCGAUCUGUCUCGACGCGACGAGCCCGCGACCGGGUCGGACCGCGACUCGGAAACGCUGCUCUGCACCGUGACUUACGACCAGGCGCGCAAACUACUGACGAUUAGCCCCGAUGUCAUUGGCGAUGACGAUCAUUACGACGUUACCAAUAGCAGCGGUAUCAAGUACAAUUACUGGAUAGAGCAUGUCUCCGAGGAGCAGACGCCGUUGGAGCUGCAGCGGCAACGCGACGACACGCGGCGCGAAGUGCAACAACAGCUCGCCCACAAAGAAACGGAGGUAUAUAAGGAAUUGCAGUUGGCGCCAACGAAUCUAUCCACGCUGUAUUUAGGCCUGGACAUUGUGUCGGCUCACGGCUUUUCUUACGACGGACUAUUUGUCACCUAUUUCAUCGAUCUGCCGCAACGUUGGAGCACGAGGCAGAAAGAGAGGCUGUUCGGGAGAACGCAAAAGUGCCUCUUGGACAAUAAAUCGGCACAUUUCAGUUAUUGCACCGAUAUAUUGUUGCAUUAUCCGUCGAAGGAGAUUCAACAACCGAAUGCGAGCGCGUCGCCGUUCUGGCCUCGUUUAUUGUUCUCUGUGGCGUCUCUAGACAGUUGGACCAGAUAUCGAAUAGAGGGAUACGCAGCAUUACCAUUACCAUUAACGCCUGGCUCGUACAAGUUCACAAUCCCUACGUGGCGUGCGAAGGGAAGUUUCAUCGACGCAUUGAGACGAUUUUUCGUCGGCGGCUCUUACGAACUCGAAGACAUAACGUAUUGCGGUAUUCCAGCGGCGCACGAGGGUAAAAUUUUGGAUAAGUCAAAUCUGAAGAUCGUAUCUAGUGGGGAUAUCGAAAUUCACAUUAAUAUCGCUCAUCAGAACCGCGCACUUGGGAAGUGCUUUGAUAGUCAAGGAGAUGAUUCGAAUAGAAUAAGUACUGAUGCGCUUAUGAGCAGUGUGGAAAAUGUUCUUGAACAAUUUAAGGCUGCUAAGGAGCGUAUGAUACAGAUAAAAGCAAUGAAUUCAUUAACUACAAGUCUAAACAGCACAAGCUUAUUCUAAACAAUUGAGCAGACUGAUUAAUAAAGUUAAUGGGUAUCUAUCGAGACUCAAUUGUAUCAAGCUGGUAUCUUAUUAUUGUUAUAGAUUAUAUUAAAUUGUAAAUAGAGAAUUCAGAUGUGGGACAUAAUUAAAAUUAGGAAUAAUUCUGUCUCUUGUACAAAUAUUGUUAAUAAAUCUCAUACUAAAUUCAA